CGCGCCGCCAGAGAGGGGCGGGGCCAAGGGCGGCCGUUGCCGUGGAGACGGGCAGCCCGAUGCAAGAUGGCGGCGCGGGGCUGGCUGGAGAGUCUGCGGGGAGCGAAGAAAACAGCGGUGGUGCAGGAAGGUAAGAGGAAAGUCCAUUAUGUAUUUACCGAUGGUGCAGAAAUGGUGGAAGAAUAUGAAAUUUCCAGCGAUCAACUAAAGGUCAGGAAGUGGAAGCAGAAGACCACACUGGGAUCCCCUGGGCAGUGGCAAUUCGAGGUGGGGGAAACGUAUUCUCGACCUGCAGGGACCUUGGAGCAGCAGCUGAUACACGAGAGUGGCAGCAGUCCAAUUUUCACACGGCAGGACACCAAGACCUGCUUCCAGUGGCGGAUUCGGAAUAUACCGUACCCCAAGAACGUGUACACAGUAACCGUUGAUUCAGACCAGCGAUGCUGCAUCGUGAGGACCUCGAACAAAAAGUAUUACAAGAAGUUUAAUGUUGCCGAUAUGGACCGAUGCAACCUCCCUCUGGACAGCUCAGCACUCAGCUUCACUCAUGCUAACAAUACCCUCAUUAUCACGUAUCAAAAGCCGACAGCAAUCCUGCAGCUGGAGCAGGAGGUGCAGCAGGAACUGAAGAAGAUGAAGGUGGCAGAGGAUGGAGAUGUGCAGUGUAAAACACAGUGAUCCUCAGCACUGGUAUCUGCCUCCACAGGCAACGCGUAGGGAGAAGGCACAAACCUGUGGUCGCACCCACUAUUUCAAAUCCACCUUCCAGUUGUAUAUUUAAAAUCCCAUUAAAGUUCUGCUAGUUUUUGAAUAUA